GUCCUAAUCUGGCAGAGCAGCAGCUGUGAGCGUUUGACCACGUGACUCUGAGAUGUUCGCGAGCGGCCAUCAUUUCACUUAAUUCAUGAGCCCGGAGAGCUAAAGGUAAAGCAACGGAAGCCCUUUAACUGCGAUGGAGUAGUAACCGUCAACAAUCCCCUCCGCUCCUUGCCGAACCCGUGCCUUCAAACGCCUCACAACUGUGCCAGGUUGGCCCCUACCACCCCUGGACAGCUGUGACAUCCUGCCCUGUCAUCGCAGAGGUUGUGGAGCACAGUGGAGGAUACGCACCUCAUCUUAGGAACUCCCCCCAUUUGAGAGUGAGGCGGGGGGAGGGAGGAGGAGGCGAGCUGCUAAACCCACCCGGAGCAUGGGGCAGAAAGUCCCCGGGGGCAUCAAAACCAUUGACAUGCGGGACCCGGCCUUCAGCCCUCUGAAGCUGGAGCUGCAGGCGCUGAACCACACUAAACCUGCGCGGCUGGACCUGCUGCUGGACAUGCCCCCUGCUGGCCCCGAGCUGCAGGUGCAGCACUCCUGGAACAACGAUGACCGCUCCAGGAACAUCUUUGUGAAGGACGACAACAAGCUAGUGUUUCACCGGCACCCGGUUGCUCAGAGCACGGACGCCAUCCGGGGCCGCGUGGGCUACACCCGGGGACUGCACGUUUGGGAGAUCAGCUGGGCCAUGAGACAGAGGGGCACACACGCUGUGGUGGGUGUGGCCACCAGUGAAGCCCCUCUGCACUCCAUGGGCUACACGGCUUUAGUCGGGAGCAACACAGAGUCCUGGGGUUGGGACCUGUGCCGCAGUAAACUGUACCACGAUGGGAAAAACCAUCCCGGGAAAACGUACCCCGCUUUCCUGGAGCCCGACGAAACUUUCAUCAUCCCAGACUCUCUGCUCGUGGUGCUAGACAUGGAUGAGGGAACGCUGGGAUACAUUGUGGAUGGACACUACCUGGGCGUCGCCUUUAGGGGUCUCAAGGGCCGCAAACUCUACCCCGUGGUCAGUGCUGUGUGGGGCCACUGCGAAAUUCGCAUCCGCUACAUCAAUGGGCUUGACCCUGAGCCCCUCUCCCUGAUGGACCUGUGCCGGCGCUCGGUGCGGGUGGCUUUAGGAAAGGAACGCUUGCCUGAGAUCCACAGACUGCCCUUACCCGCUGCUCUCAAGAACUACCUGCUCUACCAAUGACGGCGCCCCCUGGUGUCCUGUUUCUCUGGGAUCUCGUCCAGCCACACAACAUGCCCGCAGCCCUGAGUCAUGGGUGAUUCAGACACACAUGCUCCUUUGUCAUUUCUUAAACUUGUUUUUAUGACUUAAACUGUCUUCGAACUUUCUUCAAAUCAGGAAUCACUGAACUCUAUGCACAGAACUGACAGACCAAGCUGAGUUUUGGUGAAAUAUGUUGAGUUUGCACGUUGAUGUGACAUACGUGAUCGGUACCUCUUCUGUGAUUAUGUCUAAUGUAGCCUUUUUAAAAUUAUGUGUCAUGGGGUUGUAUUACAAAUGAGGGGAAAUUAAAAUUUUUGGUGGUUUUAGGACAAUGGAGGUGCACUGCCAGUAUCUGACCACACUGUGGCAGCACAUUCCCUUUUUCCACUUUCCACGUAUCAAGGAUCAAUAGUAGUUAGAGGAUUUGUGGUUUUUAUAAAGUGACUAAAUAAUGAUAUGAUGCUCUUAAUAAACUGCUCUUAUAGGGUCUGGAGUGCAGUGUUAAUGAUACACUGAGAGAAGAGGCUCCCAAACGCACAGCAUGGUCAGAUUUCAUUGUAUGGAGAUGAGGGUUUGUUAAACUUUGAGGAAGAACGUUGUCAGCCGAAUUGAAGGAAACUGUCACUGUGAUUAUUGUAGCAUGCACCUGCAGGAAAUCUUUCAAUACACUCAAUACAAUGUCUCUUAUGUUCAUCACUCCUGCUUUUAUUUGUACAGUAGUUUACACAUGUCCCACUGAGACCCAGAACUUGACCUGUCGUAUUUGGUCCUCAGAUUUGGACGAGCAGAUGGGAACCAAUAUAAUGCACAAAUGAUAAUACGACCAAACUAAUCAAAUGCAUCUUAAGCUGAAAAAAUGUGAGCGUGUGUGCCUGAGAAAUGCAUUUUUCCUUAAUAUUUUUCUGUCCAUGUUUACAGUAUUGAUUUUUUUUUUUCAGCUUCAUAAAUUGUCCAGAAAUUUUGUCUGUGGGUCAUGCAGUAUUUUCAUUAGUUGUGCAGCAUUUUUUAAAAUACGUUUAAUUGAUUUCUCACUGUCAGAACUGGGAGUGUGCUGUAGGGACUCUCCAGUGGUAUGUAACAGAACCACAUUUACUGAAUAGUGAGUAAUCUGCAGUGAAUAAUUGAGUUCUGGGUCUCUGUGGCUUAUAGCUGACAACCAUUGAUGUUGUGUGUUUUCUGGUAUGUAACAUGGGACUGGUUCAAAUGUAUGUAAAGGUGUGGCAUCUUGAGGGAAUGUGGAAAGUCAAAAGGCACCAAAUUUGAGAAGACAAUCCACAAAAAGUGCACAAAUGAAAUAAGGUCUUAUUGCCAAGAUAUGGUGACACGCUGUACCCCACGCCUGUCAAACUUAGUUUUUUUUAAUGUGCAAAUGUAGUCCUCAUUCUGUACUGAAAAUGGACUUACUGUGCCACAUCUUUGUUUCCUUGCUUGCAAUUUCCAUUUUAUUUGUAGAAUUGUUUUAAAUAUCUAUUAAAGUAUAUUUGAAAUUAUUAAA